AUGAUGAGUAGUUUGCCAACAUUUCUGAAUGAUGUUCGAGGAAUGCAGCUUACAUCAAUGGGUAUGGUAGCCGCGUUGCCAUUUCUAUUAUACUGCAUUUGCGUUGCCGGCAGUGGUGUUAUUGCUGAUAAAGUAAGGGGCGCUGGAUGGUUAUCGACUAUCAAUACCAGACGGCUGGCAAUGGCCGUUGCUUUCCUCGGUGAGGCUGUUUUUCUAAUAGGCACCGGUUAUCUGCAGUGUGAUCAAAUCGUACUUACGGUUGUAUUCCUCACGCUAGGUAUUGGUCUAUCUGGAGCAGCGUACGCUGGCUAUGCAGUAAGCUACCUAGAUAUUGCGCCAACUUUUGCUGGACAGCUGAUGGGUAUUGGCAAUACCCUGUCGUGCAUCGCUGGUAUCUUGGGACCAAUAAUUGUUGGAGUUCUUACACCGCAGGCAACAGAGGAAGAAUGGCGAAGGGUAUUUUUCAUAACCGGUGGAAUACUCGUUGUUGGGCUGAUCCUAUACUGCGUUUUUGCGACUUCUGAUGUACAGCCUUGGGCUAAAACGGAGAAAAUUGACGAAAGCAGUAAGAAGACGAACCAAAAGGCUGAUGAUGGUGGUACAGUUAAAGAAGACAAUGCUACAGCAACCACGGAAAAUAAGAAAAACGGUGAUGUUGCUACUGGUUUUGCUGAUAGUGAACCUUCCAGUGUAACCCCGGAUAGCUGA